AUGACAUCCUUUUUAUCAAGUUUGAAACGUGGAUUACGAAUCUUGAGUGGAACUUUAUAUUUGGGUCUUAUACUGACAUCAAUUCCAAUCUCAUUCAAGAUUGGAGGUCUCUAUUGUGGAUUAUCUUUUACAGUAACUUUGUUUCUAUUAUAUUUUAUAUCUACUACACUAAGUAUAUUGGCUAAGAGAAAUGGCAGAAAAAUCUUUAUCAUAUUAGCUAAUAUCCUAUAUUAUUUUCAACAUUCGAUUAUUGCAUCUCUAUUACAUCUUUUUUUAUCUGGGUUUUCUAACAUCGAACUGCAUCAAUUGAUAGAAAAUGAUUCUUCCUUACAAUUGGACAUUCUAACCAAAAUAUUACAUAGCACUUUGCCUACUAAUACUCCUCAUGAUAUCACUUUAGAAAACAAUUGGAUCCUUUAUUAUUUUUAUUACAAAUAUGUGGUGACACCAUGGAAAUUUCUUUUAUCUAAUUCAACUCCAUUUUUCAGUCUGUCUGAGGGAUUCUUCACAAUCUUAGCUAUUCAGGCAAUUGGUGAAACAAAUAAAUGGCUAUUCUACGAAAAAAAUUCAAAUUCUUGGAUCAUCAGUUCUUUAUUGUUUUCCAGUGGAAUUGUCACCAUAUCAUUAUAUUACCUUUAUAGGAUAUAUGUGACUCCAAUCUGGGAAUUGUCUAUCCAAACUGCAUCGCUGUUAGGGUUCGUAUUAUCUUUGGUCGGUGGUCUAAGCCUUUAUGGUAUUGUUUCUCAGGCAGGUUCUGUCAUUGAAAGUUCUCUAUUUUUGGCUUAUAUUGUACGUUGUAUCUAUGAGAUAUCACCAAAAUUGGCCACUACUGCAACUGAUGAGAUUUUAGAGUUGUUCUUAGAAGUUUGGCAAAAUCAUCAAAAGAAUUUAUCCAUUAAUAAUACAAUGAUUUUUUAUUAUUACAACACUAUUUUGAAUAAUAUUACUAAUAUUUGGAAUGAUAUUUUAAUAAAAAUUGCACAAUCCUCUUCCUCUUCCUCUUCUUCUUCUUCUUCAACAUUCUUUUCCUCUCCAAUCGAUCAUUUUGUAUUAAAAACUUUGUCAAUGAACAAUAUUUAUCAAUUCUUAAAACCUAUUUGGAAAAUUUUCCAAAAUUUUACAUUAAGUGUACCAAGAUCAAUAAGUGAACUAUUUUUAAUCAUUUGGAAGUUAGCAUUCGAAUCAAUAUCACCUGCCAUUGUUAUUAAUCUUUGUUUCAGAGUGUUAAUUUUUUAUUCUGCUACAAGGAUUAUACCAUCUUUACAAAGAAAAUCUUAUGACAUUAAGCAAAUGAAAAGAAGUCGUAAAGUCAUGAAAUUAAUUUAUUGGUAUAGCCCUUGUAUUUUGAUUGCUAUCUACGCACAUCUCAUAUUACAAUACUCUGGUGAAUUGAAAAAUGAUUUAUGUCUAUGGAAUUGUAACUGGUUUCAACAAAACGGUAUUAUAAAUGAUGAUAGUAUAAUUGUCGAUUCUUGGAGUUUUUGGAAUUGGUGUAAUAUUUUUUGGACUAUUUUAAUUUAUGGUAGUGAACUAUUAGGUGAUGGUAAUACAUCAAAUACCGAUUUGAAUUAA